AUGAUGUCGACACCGAGUAGAAAGCGGCGUCAGAAGGAGACCGGGGCACGGGAUCCGGCGGCGGGCGCGGGCGCGGGCGUCGCGGGGCUGGCGUUGUACGGGCUUCCGCGGCUGGGUGGUGCGACUGCCAACGACGGAAGCGGCGAGCAGCAGUGGUAUGCGGAAUGCAUCUUGCGCGCGCGGCGGAAAGCGAAGCCGGCCGGUGCGCCCGGCGAGUUCAGGCCUCACAUCGAUACCAGAUGGGAAUAUUUUGUGAAGUGGGCCGGCUUUGACGACAGCGAGAAUACGUGGGAGCCCGUGCAGAGUCUCAAAGCCUGCAAAGACCUCGUGCGGCGGUUCUGGGACAGCGUCAGCAGCCGUGACAGCCUAUCGGAGUCCCCCUACUUCAGAACCCAGGCGGGCUUCGUCAUCGUCGCCGGCGCCGAAUGGAUCGCGGACGAAAAGCUCAGAUUUGCCAAGCAUAUAUCGGAUGACGAGGUGAAGCUGCAAAAUGCGGACCCGAGGAGGUACUGGCAAAACGGCACUGUGCAGCUUGACACCGACAAUCCGCAUGGAGACGACGACGGAGACGAGCCCGGGCCAUCGCUCGUGGCCAACACUAGUACCACACCCAUCGAAACGAGCCUCGACACGAAAACCUUGGCAGCAAUUGCAAACUCUCCUUCUCCCAGCGCCAUUCCCAUCUACGACGACAACCGCACGACGCCGGACGAGAUUUUGGAGCAACAUAAUGCGGGUCUACAGCCGGGGCCAGCGGCAAUUUCUGAGGAAAUGCAAGUGGAGACGAACGGAAUAGCAACGCCGAUUAUCUCAAUUCCGGAGGACUAUGGCCCGCUGAAUUGUACCGCGGGCGUUGACCCGCCCGCCCAGACAGUGUCCGCCCUUCCUUCGACUUAUGCUUCUUCAUGGGGUAUUCCGACGCUCUUGCUAUCUACCUACGACCGGCUAUCCCCCAGAUCGAAUGUCAACGUUGCCGCAAGACCCCCGGACGCGCAGCCCUUGCUGAAUACGCUGGAGACUGAUGUGGAAAUGCCACCGGCUGAUGAUGCUCCGCCCGGCAACAGUGCCUCGAGCCAUGCCUGGUCUUUCUCGGAGGAUGCUGACCCUGGGCGGGGAGAACAAGGCGCGGUGGACGUUGCUAUGGGCGCGCCAGCCACCAUUGUUGUUGAGGCCGAAGAACCGCCUGAAACUCUGAUGCAAACCGAAACAGCGACAGCGACGUCGCAACCCCGAACCGGGGAAAUAGCGACGAAUGACAAGGACGGCGCGCGGCCAGCACAUCUGCCGACGCCCGACGCCACGCCUGCGCCGUCUGCAGCACAACCGCUCCCUGCCGGGCUUGCAUUAUCCACCCCGCGUCCGUCGCCGGCUCAACCAAUAGUCCCAUUGCCCCCUCCCGAUCUCCGCGCUGCUCCGCUUUGUGCGCCGCCACCUUCAAUUCCCCCAACAACUGUUAACACGGCACCUCCUCGCCAGCCGCAGCGACCCAAGGCGCCCCGCCACGGGCCGGGCAUCAAGAUCCUCGCCCUCCGUUGCGGUGCCGUCGGGAACGGAACGAAGCGGCGGGUGGAGGAGAUGAGCUACGGUGCUCGGGGAGCGGCUGUCGUUACGGGGAAUGUGGAAAUGCCGAUAGAGCCGAGGGCAAAGCGGGCGGGCGGGAGGAAACCGAAUUCUCCGACCGCGCCGUCCCAUGCUGCGGCGGCCCCCACUGGUCCAGCGAUAUCGGCCACGGUCGGAGCGGCGGAGGACCGAGGCUUAGCUCAAAAGUCAGAUGCUUCGACCGCCACACCCAGAAAACAGGCGACAGCUAGAGAACACUGUUUGACGGCCCAACUUGGAUCAUCCUGCCUAGACCCGAGGAGCGCUGCGCCCUCGCAGCCGCUCGAAGGCCACGCGCAAGAGACCGGGGGAGGUAUCGCUGCGAGCCGAAGGAAAGAGCAUACGUUUGUGGACAGCGGGCUUGAGGAGCGGAGCACUAGCAUGGGCCCCAACACAGGAAACAGCAUAACAGGAAAGAAUACUAGUAACAACUGCAACAAAGGCCCCCCCAGGGGUGGCUCCAGCGCGCACGAACUGAAUCCAGCGCCGACCAGCGCCCAUUGGCCGUGGUCCCUCAAAGAUUUCCUUGACUGA